ACAAGAUCAAUAUGGUGAAUCGUUCAAGGCGAGUGGCUCCCCUCGACAGGGACAGCUCCGAAGAAGAGCGCAAGCCGACAGUAUCCCCGGUUAACGAACAGCAAACACCCCUCGUCGUGAACCCCAAAGCGAUCUUUGGGUCCGAUCAGCCGUUACCCCAGCAUCUUACCGAUAUACUAGAAAAAUGGCACAAAGAGAAAGGCACGAAACGGCCGCCCUGUAACACUCAAAGGCCUGCGAAACAGAUGGAAUGGAAAACUUUCGAUCGUCAGGGAAAUCAUGUGAACCUCUCCGCGUAUGCGAUCAUAAAGCCCACCGCCUAUAAUGUCCUAGUGCUUCAUACUGCUGAAGGGCCUGAGAAGAUCGUGUCUCCUUACUUUCCUUUCGGCACGGGACAUGGUACCUACCUGAUCGGUUGGUCGGGGGUUCACGAUGGGUGGGAUCCUACAAUCUGUGCCGUGCGGAUGUUCUCGAAUAACCUAGACGACAUUCUUUAUAAGCCUGAGGUGUGGUCCGCAUUUGAAGUUCUUGAGAAGCGUCACAACAAGACGCAGGCCCCGACCUCACGAGCUAGCGAGAAACGAAGAAGUCUCCCGGGAGGGUCGCAGAUGCAAAUACCGCAAAGGAGGCCACAGAGAAAGAGCCUAUCAGGACCACCAGUCGCUACACAUGAUCAUAGGGCCAACAAUGCACAUGAAACAUCAUCUUCGUCAUCAUCGGCAGAGGGAGAGUCAGACGAAGAAGACGAUACUUCAGGGUCUUCAGAGUCUUCGGAGGACGAAGAGGACGAAGAGGACGAAGAGGACGAAGAGGACGAAGAGGACGAAGAGGACGAAGAGCCCGAGCCUACACCUGUAUCUAAAAGGCGCCGAUUGAAUGAGCCUGGCGUACCUGCUCUUCAGGAUGCCAAGGUGGUUUUCAAGUUGUUCUCGUAUAAAUCCGGAGCAGUUCGCUGCUUUCCGUUGGACGAGUGCCGGACUGGGAAGGAGUUCUUCGAUAAGGCCCGGAUCUUCUUCCAACUUUUUGAUAAAAAGGCGGAGGUGAAGAUCCUGUCAUGCCAAAUACAAUCCCAGACUCUACAGCAGUAUGUCUUUGAGGGCAGUGAAGGUGAGUUUACUCUGCUUGUGGAUCAAGCUAAGUCCUUGAGUCGCGAUGGGCUUGUGAUUGUUGAGGUCAGUCAUGUUUUAUCACUUUCGCCUCACUGA